AUGACGACGCAGAGCGCUAUGAGAAUGGUGGAAGGUGACCAUGUGAAAAGUUGGCAGGCAUCUAGGGACACUACUGGGAUAUUUGGUUCACAUGAUAUGGCUGUUGAAGAUUUAAGGUUUCUUAUGGAAAGAAAUAGAUUGGAUAGUCGUGUUGGUGGUGGUGGUGGUGAUCAUAUCCCUAAUAGGAGUGGGAGCGCGCCGCCUAGCAUGGAAGGUUCAUUUGCAGCUCUUAGGAAUCUCUUGAAACAACAAGAAGGUAGUAGUACUAGUAGCAGCUCUGAAGUUUUUAGUAGAGCUAUUGAGAAUUACGGCUCUGAGGAAGAGUUACGUAGUGAUCCUGGCUAUGUAGCUUACUAUUUGUCCAACAUCAACUUGAAUCCGAGGCUUCCUCCUCCGUUGAUCUCACGUGAGAAUCAGCACUUGCUGCGUCAUUUGGGUGGGGUUAGUGAUGGGAAUAGUAUGAGUCCAGCAGCGUCCUGGGAUGAUAUGGGGAUAAGAUCUUCAUUGCUUGCUUCUAGAACUGCGCUUUCGACACAUAGAGAGGAGCCUGAGGAAGAGGCGUCUUCAGGUGAACAAAUGGCUUAUGCUUCUUUCCCUGGUCGUCGUAAGAGCUUUGCUGAUAUCAUUCAGCGGCCUCAUUCGGCAGGGAAUCAUGCAACAGCAGAAGACGUCCAUGCCCUUUCUUCUGGUAUAGCUUCAGAAAGCACAAGAAGGUUACCGGAGGUUGAUAUAAGUUCGAAAGAGAGAUCAAACGCGAGGGUAGCCAGCCACGAGGAUAACAAUCUAUCUGCUUUUGGUGCUUCUGCUCCAUCAUCUGCUGCUUCUAGAAUGAGAGGGAACCAAGAAGAACAACAAUCUCCUGGAAGGAGAAUGCCUGUGCAAUAUACACCUUCAUCAUAUCAGGUUCAAGCUAGUCCCCCACAACAAAUGACCUAUCCGAGGAUGGGUGGUACACACGACAUGAUGCAGAACUUGCCUAGGAUUGCAACUGGCGAGGUACAUUCGAGUUUCCAAUCUCCUCAUGGUUUGACAUCGCCUCCUAUGUAUACAUCAACAGCUGCAUAUAUGACAUCUCUGAGCCCAUUUUACAAUCAUAACUUUCAGUCCUCGGGUAUGUACAUCCCUCAGUAUAAUUAUAGCGGUUAUCCUCCUACCUCUGGUGUUGUCCCUCAGUAUAUGAGCGGAUACCCAUCUCAUGAAGCUACUGUUCCUAUGCCAUAUGAUAUCUCAUCGACUUCUUCGGGCUACAACAACUCCUUCCCUCGUGGAUCCUUUUCACCUACUGGACAGAACACUCCUUUCGUGGAUCCUUUUCAGCUGCAAUAUUACCAACAGGCUCAAGCAGACCCGUAUUCUCCUUCUUUUCAUACCAGCACUGAUUCGUAUGGACAGAAAGACCAACAAGCUUCUGGCUUCAUGGCCAAUCAAGAACCUCACAGCAAUCCAUUGAGUCCAAGUUUUGGGUUGCAAAGUCCGCGGCACAUGGGGAACUACUUUGCAGUGCCGCCUGGUGUAAGAGUCAUGCCGCAGUAUCCGGGAUCACCUCUUGCUAGUCCAGUGUUGCCAUCCUCACCGGUUGGCGGGAUGAUGAGCCACUUUGGAAGACGAAGUGAAACAAGGUAUCAUCAACAAGGACCUGGUAGAAAUACAGGGAUUUACCCUGGUGGUUGGCAAGGGAACAGAGGAGGAGCCAGCAGCAGCGUAGAUGAUUUUAAAAGGCAUUCUUUUCUUGAUGAACUCAAGUCACCAAAUGCUCGUAAAAUGGAGCUGUCUGAUAUUGCAGGGCGUGUUAUUGAAUUCAGCGUUGAUCAGCAUGGCAGCCGGUUUAUUCAGCAGAAGUUGGAGCAUUGUUCUGAUGAGGAGAAGGCAUCUGUUUUCAGUGAGGUUCUUCCACAAGCUUCGAAAUUAAUGACUGACGUCUUUGGAAAUUAUGUUAUCCAAAAAUUCAUAGAACAUGGAACUCCAGCGCAGAGAGAAGAACUUGUGAAGCAACUUGCUGGUCAGAUGGUUUCUCUAAGCUUGCAGAUGUAUGGAUGUCGUGUGAUACAAAAGGCCCUUGAAGUGAUAGAUGUUGACCAAAAGACAGAACUGACUCGUGAGCUCGAUGGGAAUGUGCUGAAGUGUGUUAGAGACCAAAACGGAAAUCAUGUUAUUCAAAAGUGUAUCGAGAGUAUGCCUGCCUCUAGGAUUGGAUUCAUAAUUUCAGCUUUCCGUGGUCAAGUUGCCACUCUUUCCACUCAUCCUUAUGGAUGCCGAGUUAUCCAGAGAAUCUUGGAGCAUUGCUCAGAUGAUGAGGAGACUCGUUGUAUAAUAGAUGAAAUCUUGGAAUCCGCUUUUGCUCUUGCUCAUGAUCAGUAUGGGAAUUAUGUCACUCAGCAUGUCCUGGAGAGGGGGAAGCCUGACGAAAGGAGACAGAUCAUUGAGAAGUUGACAGGGAAUGUUGUUCAGAUGAGUCAGCACAAAUACGCGUCCAACGUUGUGGAGAAAUGUCUUGAAUAUGCUGAUAGUACCGAGAGAGAGUUGCUGAUUGAAGAGAUAAUGGGAAAAUCCGAGGAAGACAAUCACUUACUGGCGAUGAUGAAAGAUCAGUAUGCAAAUUAUGUGGUCCAGAAAGUCUUGGAGAUAAGCAAAGAUGAGCAAAGGGAGAUUCUGGUGCAGAGAAUGAAGAUUCAUCUCGAGAGUUUGAGGAAAUAUACAUAUGGGAAACACAUAGUAGCCCGGUUCGAACAACUGUUUGGUGAAGGUAGCUGUUUUCUCUAA